AUGCAAAAUAUAUAUCAGAAUCCUGUCGCGUUUGCGCAGCAAAAUGCAUUGGAAAGAAGAGUUAAGGUGGGCGUUAGAGGUUGGCAAAACGCUACCAAACAAGACCUGAUUAGCUUUGUGAGCCGUAAAACACGCAUUGCCAUCAUGGAUUCAACGGUAGAGGGAAAUCAAGUAGUUGGCUUUGUAAGCAGCCAGAGCGACGCCCAAUCGUUAACUAAUUGGAAUGGUGUACGUUUUGCGGGAAAUGCUCUUAAAUUCGAAAUUCUGGGCGAUGGUAGCACUCCCAGUGGCUCUGGAACAUCAAAAACUAUAAUGCUACUGAAGGCAUUUUUAUACAAACGCUACAGACCUGAGACUAAGAUGCUAGACCUUGGAAACCUUCGAAAUGAUCCAGACUUGGCCACCAACGGACUUUUCUCUUCGCAAAGCACUCAAUCGAAAAUCUUUCCAGCUAUGAUGAAGCUGGCUUCAAAUGAGUCGCAACUGGUCGUGGAGUCAAUAAAUUUAUCGGAUAAUCAGCUCAGAGAUUUGAACAUGAUUUCAACUCUUGCUCAAACUUAUCCAGAUCUGAAAAACUUGUGUUUAGCCAACAAUCAAAUUGCCCGUUUCAGGGUACUUGAAGUAUGGAAGAACAAGUUCAAAAGUCUACGUGAACUACUGAUGAUGAACAAUCCUAUUACCACCGAUCCUCUAUAUCGAACAGAAAUGUUACGGCUUUUUCCAAAACUGGUCAUUUUAGAUAACGUCUUGUUGCGCGAUGAGAAUAAAUUGCAGCAAAUCUAUACCGUACCGAUGAAGUUGCAACAAUUUUUUUUCGAAACGAAUGAGUUGGGGCAAUCGUCGAUCGACUUCGUGAGCAACUUUUUGACGCUGUGGGACACGGACAGGACGCAACUGAUGGCUCUUUACACCCCUCAGUCUCAGUUUUCAGUGGCAAUUGACUCAUCAGUACCAACAUCCAGUGUCCCAAACUCGGACCAAAAUCCAACUUUCGGUUAUUAUCUGCCUUUAUCUCGCAACCUAACCAAGGUGUCGAGUGAGAGAACUAAGCAACAGAGACUUGCUAUGGGUCAAGAGUCCAUCGACAAAAUAUUCAAAUCUUUACCAAAGACAAAGCACUCUUUGCAAGAACAGCCAACCAGCUAUUCAGUAGAAGCUUUUUCAUAUCCCCAGGUUCAAGGUUUUAUUAUUACCCUGCAUGGAUUUUUUGAGGAAACUGCUGCGCCUGAAAUUGAUGCUAACAAAUCUACACCCAAUCCUGCAGGUGGAAGGAAUAGGCGCUUCAAUCACGGUCACAAUAAUGCCGCAAACAAGCUAGGUAAAAAAUCGUUUGAUAGGACAUGGGUCCUAGUUCCCUCACAAGGAUCAGUGAUUAUUGCAUCAGACCUCUUCACGAUUAGGCCCUUCGCAGACGGAUCAUGGACCCCGCCGCUAAGUUCGCAGCAACCCACACAGCCCAAUGCUCACCCAGCUUCACCCGCAGCCCCCCAGCCACAGGCUCAACCACACGUCCAGCCUCUUAUGCAAGGAAUCCAAGGGCCCACUUUAGCAACUCCCUCCUUAGUAAUGCCCCCCGAGAUUCAAUCAAAACUGAACCCAUUACAAAUGGAACUUCUCAAUAAACUUCAUCAACAAACCAAAUUGAAUGCUGAGUACACAUACAUGUUAGCAGAGCAAAGUGGUUGGAAUUUUGAUGUUGCCAUGAAAGGAUUCCAAGAAAGUGUAAAUAAUAUACCUCGAGAAGCUUUUGUUUGA